AUGAGUGACACUGUUGAAAGUUCUUCAGACCCCGCAGUCAAACCAUUGGAAGAUGAACAACAACUUCCAAAUGAUGAUUUAAAUGAACUGGAUUUUGAUCAUGAAGAUAAGGAUCAAGAAUCUGAACCUAUGGAAAAACAAUCUUCUGAAGUUAAUGGUGCUGCAAAUAAUACUGCUAAUGAAGAUUUAAAUGAGACAACAAAUAAAGUUAAAUCAGAAACUGAUCUAGGAGGUAAUCCACCAUCAGAUGAAGAGAAUUUUGUCCAAAAUGUUAAUGAAGAAGAACGUACUAGAGUUACUAAUAAUGCAGAGGCUUCAAAUGCUCCUGUUACAAAUGAAGCACAAGAACAAUCUAAUGAUAAUGAUAAUAAUAAUGUUGCAUCAGAUAAUAAUAAGAGACCUCGUGACGAUAGUACUCAAGAGGAAGGGGGAGAAAAAGUUAAUGAAGAUUUAGGACAAUAUGAUGAAGACGAUUUUGAUGAAGAUGAUGAUGAAGAGGAAGAAGAAGAAGGUCCACAAAAGAAACGCCGUCGUGAAAGAAAUAGAUUCUUGGAUAUUGAAGCUGAAGUCAGUGACGAUGAUGAAGACGAUGAUGAAGAAGAAGAAUCAGAAUUGGUCCGUGAAGGUUUUAUUACUCGUGGUGAUGAAGAAAACGAAGAAGGUACCACAGGUGGAAGAGAUGACAGAUUACAUAGACAAUUGGACCAACAUUUAAAUAAAAGUUCUGAACAAGAUGCUCAACAAUUAGCUAAAGAAUUGAGAGAACGUUACGGUAGAAGUAGUUCCAAACAAUAUCGUGCUGCUACCCAAGACGGUUACGUUCCCCAAAGAUUCUUGUUGCCUAGUGUUGAUACUGGUACUAUUUGGGGUGUCCGUGUUAGACCUGGUAAAGAGAAAGAAUUAGUUCGUAAAUUAUUAAAAAAGAAAUUUAAUUUAGACAGAGCUAUGGGUAAGAAGAAAUUAAAGAUUUUAUCGAUUUUCCAAAGAGAUAACUAUACCGGUAGAAUUUAUAUCGAAGCCCCAAAACAAUCUGUGAUUGAAAAAUUUUGUAAUGGUAUCCCAGAUAUUUUUAUUACUCAAAAAAUUUUAAUUCCAGUUCAAGAAUUACCACUGCUAUUAAAGCCAAGUAAAUCUGACGAUGUCAGCUUAGAAGAAGGAAGCUACGUUAGAAUAAAAAGAGGUAUCUAUAAGGGUGACUUAGCUGUUGUGGAUCAAAUUAGUGAAAAUAAUUUAGAAGUGAUGUUGAAAAUCGUGCCUCGUUUAGAUUAUGGGAAGUUUGAUGAAAUUGAUCCAGUCACUAACCAACGUAAACCAAGAAGAACAACAUUCGCUACUAGAUCACCUCCUCAGCUAUUCAACCCAACUAUGGCUUUAAGAUUGGAUCAAGCUAAUUUAUAUAAGAGAGAUGACCACCAUUUCACUUAUAAAAAUGAAGAUUAUAUUGAUGGUUAUUUAUACAAAUCUUAUAAAAUUCAACAUAUUGAAGCAAAGAAUAUUCAACCAACAGUUGAGGAAUUAGCACGUUUUGGCUCUAAAGAUGGUAAUGUUGAUUUAACUAGUAUAUCACAAGCAAUUAAAAAGGCACAAGCUGCUCGUGUAACAUUUCAAGCAGGUGAUAGCGUUGAAAUAUUGAAUGGUGAACAACGUGGCUCAAAGGGUAUUGUUACCAAGACUACUACAGAAAUUGCUACUGUUAAAAUCCCUGAAUUUUCUAGUGCAUUAGAAUUCCCAAUUUCAUUGUUAAGAAAAAUAUUCAAACCUGGUGAUCAUGUUACCGUUGUUGAUGGUGAUCAUCAAGGUGAUGCUGGUUUAGUCUUACUAGUAAAAAAGGGCCAAGUAACUUUUAUGUCAAACCAAACUAAAGAAGAAGUAACUAUUACGGCCAACAAUUUAUCUAAAUCUAUCGAUUCUACCCCAACUUCAAGCGAAUAUGCCUUGUAUGAUAUGGUUGAACUGAGUGCUAAAAAUGUAGCAUGUAUCAUCCAAGCAGGUCAUGAUAUUUUCAAAGUAAUUGAUGAUACAGGUAAAGUUUCAACAAUAACUAAAGGUUCCAUAUUAAAUAAGAUUAAUACAGCACGUACAAAGGUCACCACCGUUGAUAAUAAUGGUAAUGAAAUCAAAAUUGGGGAUACUGUAGUUGAAAAAUUGGGUGCCCGUAGAGAGGGUCAAGUUUUAUACAUUGAAACUCAAAAUAUUUUUGUAAUGUCCAAAAAAAUUAUUGAAAAUGCAGGUGUAUUUAUUGUAAAUCAACUAAAUAUUGAAGCUGUUUCCUCCAAAGAUAGUAACAUGUUAUCAACAAAAAUAGAUUUAUCAAGAUUGAACCCUGAUGUAAUGGCAUCUAUGAAACCUCCGGGACAAGGUAUGAGACCAGUUUCACAACAACAAGGCCGUGUAGGUCGUGAGGUUGCCUUCGGUAAAACUGUUAGAAUACGUGCUGCGGGAUAUAAAGGCCAGUUAGGUAUUGUUAAAGAUGUUAAUGGUGAUAAAGCUACGGUAGAAUUACAUUCUAAGAAUAAACAUAUCACUGUGGAUAAACGUAAGUUAACCUAUUAUAAUCGUGAAGGUGGUGAAGGUAUAACUUACGAUGAAUUAGUUAGCAGAAGAGGUAGAGUUCCACAAGCUAGAAUGGGACCAUCAUAUGUUAGCGCUCCAAGAAGUAUGGCUGCUGGGGGGCCACUUCCACCAGUCUCACAGCAUCAAGCUGGUGGUAUGACACCAGGCUGGAGCAACAUGGAUGGUGGUAAAACACCUGCCGUAAAUUCUAAUGGACCUGGUGGGUCAGGCGGUGCCUCUGCUUGGGGGAAUGCUUCCUCAUGGGGUGGUGCUUCUACUUGGGGUGGCCAAGGUUCAGGCUCUGCCUCCGCAUGGGGUGGUCAAGGUUCUGGAGCUACUUCAACAUGGGGCGGUGCAUCAUCUUGGGGCAACAAAUCAAGUUGGGGAGGUGCUUCAACAUGGGCUUCCGGUGGUGACUCUAAUGGUAGCAUGUCUACUUGGGGUGGUGAUAGAUCAUCUUACGGUGGUACUUCAACUUGGGGAGGUGGUGCAAGAGAUGGUGGUGCAUCAACAUGGGCAAAUGGUAACAAAUCAGCAAAAGGUAAGGGUAGUGGAUCUACCUGGGGAGGAAAUCAAGAGGGUAAUAGAUCUGCCUGGGGUGAUAAGGGUGAUAGAUCUAAUUAUGGUGGUAAUAGCACCUGGGGCGGUCACUAG